AUGACCCAGCAGUUUCAAACUGAAACCGAGCGCCAUGCCUUUUGGUCAUUUGCCAAUUUCGCGCCCAGUCUUGCCAAUUUUUCCAGCGCCGAGAUUUGGAAUACUUAUGCACUACAAAUAAGCUAUGCCGAGCCCGCUAUUCAGCAUAUCAUUCUUUCUAUCGGCCACCUGCUUAAUAUACCUACAGCUGAUCCAUGGAGCGGAAGUAACGCUGCGCCAGAUGAACAGCAACACAUCGUCUUUUAUCACUAUGGCAAAGCAUUGCAUUCUUUGAUCAACAACCCUAAUCCAGACGUGAACGUCGUGCUACUGUCAUGUCUGAUUUUCUGCCUGUUUGAAGAACUCCAAGGAAACUGUUAUGCAGCUUUGCAGCAUGUCAUAGCCGGAAGAGACAUCCUUCUCAGACAUAUCCGCUCGUUGAAGCCGUCUGCAGCACGCAGCAACAACUUGGGUUCGAUCAAGCCCUCAUCUACCUGGGACCCACUACUCGCGCAGCUGUUGCAGCUCUUUUCUUACCUUGAAAUGCACACGCCUGUGCUGGAGGGGCGUUCUAUUGAUUCGCACGUACGCCUGCCGUUGCCAGGCUUUUCUAAACCGGAUGUGACAAGUCGCCAAACAGCUCGACAACUAAGCUGGAGGCCUCACGCACCAUCUCUCGGUAGUAACAAUGAGAGUACACCUUCGACAUACAUACUGAACGAAGCCCCGCUUGAAUUUGGAAGUAUUACAGAUGCGAGCCAAUGCCUGGCCGGCCUUGCAGCUGCUUGCAGUGCCGACAUGAGACGGGAUCUUUUGAGUGAAUCCAUACCUAGAUGGCGUAGUAACUUUGUGGUUCCCUCCCCUGAAACAAUUCUAUUGAACCACUGGCUCGAAAGAUUCAAUCGUUUUAUGACGAAAUUCUCGGCCGACGACAUCACACAGGGGGUUUUGAUAGAUUGUCAUAUCCUCCGGACGUACCAUGGCUGUCUCACUCUCAUAAACCGAGCCAAACACAUCGGACAAGAAAUCGUCCUUGAUGAUAAUCUAGUGUUUUUUGACCUAACAAUGUUCAGGAUUACGGUUCUUAUUUCUGUUGCAAAAGAUGAAUUAAUAUCGCCUUUGUUUUUCGUCGCCACUCGUUGCCGUGUCACCCACACCCGGCUCAGAGCAGUUGGUUUUCUUCGCCAGUGUGGCCACGAGGGCCAAUUCUUGGCCGAUGUGGCGGAGCGAAUUAUUGAAAACGAAGAAUCGAAUGGUAUGAAAGACGGCGAACAACAAGCCACGCCUACUGGUUUUCCUAUUCCAGAGGAGUCACGUCUGAGACUCCAUGGCAUAAACCCUCCGAUAGGCGAUGAUGACGUCUCCUACCUUAUGGUGUCACGUUUCCCCUAUUACCCACGUGUUCCUACUACACCGUUACCGGUCCAUCUUUCCUCUGUGCGAGAAAAUCAUUUCUCCAACAAAGCUCGCUCUUGUCUCGAUCGGGCACUUCGCUUCGAGAUGUACUCGUCCGUACCAUAG